CGUCGUCUCCCUCGUCCUCCUCUCUGUGUUGUUGUUCUCGGUGACGCGACGGAGGUGCAGCCUGACGCGGUCUCUUACGUGUCCGUCUGAAUAAAAGUGGAGCUCCGUAGACCCGGGAGUGACGAAGCCAGUCUGUGUUGAUUUUAAAUGACAAUGGAGGCUGGUUCAGACACGCAGCAAAGUGGUGAACAAGUCGUCUCGGAGUCCGAUGUCCAGCAAAUCACCUUGACCCAGGCGUCCAUCGCAGCUGCCCAGCUGGCAUUGGCAAACAGUGGUUCCACCAUCACCCUCGUGCAGCUACCUAAUGGUCAGAUGGUCCAGGUGCACGGCGUGAUCCAAGCAGCUCAGCCCUCCGUUAUCCAGUCCCUCCAAGUCAACACAGCACAGAUUUCAACUAUUGCUGAGAGUGAGGAUUCUCAGGAGUCCGUAGACAGUGUGACAGAUUGUCAGAAGAGGAGAGAGAUCCUGUCCAGACGACCUUCUUAUAGAAAGAUUCUGAACGAUUUGUCGUCGGAUGCUCCAGCAGUGCCGCGAAUUGAGGAAGAAAAAUCGGAAGACGACUCAGCCCCAGCCAUGACGACCGUCACCAUGCCCACGCCCAUCUAUCAGACGAGUAGCGGCCAGUACAUUGCCAUUACCCAGGGAGGGGCCAUCCAUAUAGCCAAUAACGGCACAGACGGCAUGCAGGGCCUGCAGACACUGACCAUGGCCAAUGCGGGCCAGGGUGGUGCCACCAUCCUGCAGUACGCGCAGACCACCGACGGGCAGCAGAUCCUCGUGCCCAGCAACCAAGUGAUCGUACAAGCCGCCUCCGGUGACGUCCAGGCUUAUCAGAUCCGUACAGCCCCCACCAACGCCAUCACUUCCGGGGUCGUCAUGGCAACUUCGCCCGCACUGGGCUCCGGAGGAGGAGGCACCGAGGCGGUCACGCGCAAAAGGGAGGUCCGACUUAUGAAAAACAGGGAGGCGGCCCGGGAGUGUCGCAGGAAGAAGAAGGAGUACGUCAAGUGUCUGGAGAACCGCGUGGCCGUGCUGGAGAACCAGAACAAAACCCUCAUCGAGGAACUCAAAACCCUCAAAGACUUGUACUGCCACAAACCUGAGUAGAAACGACACCAACCGCCACCGGGGCCCGUCGGCCCCCCCCCCCACGUACAGAGACUCAGCACAGAGCCAUGCAUCUGGAUGCCACGCCCCCUUUUCUACUCGUUGGCUUUCUUUUAAAACAAAACUGCUGACAAAUCUGUAAAGUGACUCACCAGGAAUACCCCCCCCCCCCUCCUCCUCCUCUUCUGCCCCACUUCAGCGGUUAUGAAAUCGUAAUUCUGUUCCCCCAUGAAAUGUGACGCAAUGCUCAAAGCGGAUGUGGAGGACACGCCCACCAUGCAGGGUCCUGGUGGUGAAGCAAUGGAAUAGACCACGAGGCCUUUCUGUGGGGGGGGGUUUGGCCGCCACCACCAAAGGGAAGCAUUCCAGUCACUGGUGCCUGGACAAACUGGGCAACAUCACCAGCAACGGGGAACUGCUCAACUCGCACCGCCAAUAACGACGGGACUUUUCACAGCGUGACCUCCUCCAGACACGCGGGUCUCCGGGAGGUUUCCCUCUGUGUGCAUUGUUUGUAAUCGUACUCGCGCCGUUGCAUUAACAUCUGUUACUUACUAAUGCUUUGAACUGUAGAUGGACCGUGUCAUGGACAUUUUUAUCUUUUAGCUGUGUUUUUUUUGUUUUGUGUAUUGGAUUAUCUGCUUGCAUCAUGCCAUUGACCUUUAUUUUUUCAUUUACUUUGCCUUGAUACGACAUGAACAACCACAAAAACUGGAGCGAGUCAUCAUGUUAAGUUGUUUAUGUGAAAUGCAGCUUUAAAGAGACGGGCCGAAUUCAUAAUCUCUCACGUGAAACAUGUACGGUGACACAAAUCUCCUGGUGUUUAUUCUGAUGCAUGUUCCUGGUCACAACUGAGGCUCAUUGUUUUUGUUUAUUCAUUUCCACCAGUUUAAACCGCUUUAUACUGGGAUUUUGUUUCCUGCUGGUCGCUGGAGUUUACCGUGAACAGCAGCUAAUAGUAUGAGGCUUCAUUCAUAACGUUGACAUUCAAUUUCUAGUUGUUUCUAUGUCUAUUCAUUCUGUUUACACCUGGUCCCUCUGCACAUUUGCAGAUGAAGAUCGCUCCACUUUUAAUAUCUGUAUUCGAUUAGUAGAAUUAAAGCUCCAGUGGUGGCGGCGUAGGACUGCAAUCUCACCCAACGGCACCAUAACAUGCAUUUAUACGAGCACACUGAUGAUGAUCGGUUUGUUCCCUUUCAAAAAGGGACGCAGGGAUUCAAAGCGUUAUCUUUAGCCUCAGUGGAAGCUUCAAAUGUGAAAAGCAAAGUUCGGUACAGAACGUCUGUGGCAUAAUAUGCCUUCUGAAUCAAGUUAUUUGGAAAAUCUGAUUAAAUGGGGAUCAUGCAACAGACAAUGAACCCAAAAAAUGGUCACGCUGCAGAAAGAAAAUAGAUUUCCACUCACAUUUUUGUAUGAUGGAUUUUUCAAUCCAUUUUUUAAUAUAAAUUGUAUGAUUCUUUCUGAAUGAACAAAACUAAUGAGCUGUACUCGUUUGGCAAUGACAGAAAUGCUUAGUCUCCCUGUUUUGGAGGCGCGUGGCCCAUUGCUGGAAUCAUGGAUUGCUUUGUUAUUUUUUGGGGUCUUUAAACUGAACCUCAACACCGUUUAGUUAUCGCCAUUAUCUGAAUUCAUUCAGUUUAGUUAAAGAGAAAAAAUCCUGCAAAGCUGGGAGUUUAAUGCGAAUGUGAGAUACCAGGUCCCGUCUCCACAUUCAGAUUUUUUAUUCUUUACGACUGCAAAGUGGUACGUGCACUUUUCCUCGCACACACACUCUAAGGGGAUUGUGAAAGUGUGACCACAUCAUUACGACUUCCCCGUGAGCAGAAAUCCUCUUUUCAUCCUCGUAGAAUGCCAUGUUGUAUUAUUUGUAUAGUCAUGACGUUAUGCUUUAUUUUUUUAGAUGUUGCUUUGUAUUUGCAUUUUGUAUUCGCAAUUUCUAAAUGUCAGCACCAAUUUGUAUAAUACCGUGCAUUACGUUAGAGCUCUUCAGAUAUUACACUUUUGGCAGCUGUUAAUAAAUGUGUUUCUGGUAAUCUUU